AAGAGCGCCAGACCCAGAAGACAAGUUUCGUUUAGCAGAGGCACCUGAGACAAAAUGUCAGAUUCUCUGGUUGUGUGUGACGUGGAUCCAGAGCUGAAGGAGCAACUGAAGAAAUUCCGCUUUCGCAAAGAGACAAACAACGCGGCUAUCAUUAUGAAAGUUGACAAAGAAAGGCAGCUGGUGGUACUGGAGGAAGAAUUUCAGGAUAUCUCCCCGGAGGAGCUGAGGAGUGAGUUACCAGAACGCCAGCCUCGAUUUGUAGUCUAUAGCUACAAGUACAUCCAUGAUGAUGGACGGAUCUCUUACCCACUCUGCUUCAUCUUCUGCAGUCCAGUCGGAUGUAAACCUGAGCAGCAGAUGAUGUACGCUGGCAGCAAAAACCGACUGGUUCAAGCAGCUGAGCUCACCAAGGUCUUUGAGAUCCGUUCCACAGAAGAUCUGACGGAGCAGUGGCUGAAAGAGCGCCUGGCCUUUUUCCGCUAAUGGAGGGGAGAAUCCUGGAUGGUGCACCUUCACUUAGGGCCCCAUCCACACCACAUCCCGCAAUCUCAUUCGUGCAACCCUUAAUAUGUGGUGGGACUGCAACUCCCAGCAGCCCUUACCAACAUCACCAAUAGCAAGAAAUAGUGGGAGUUGCACUCCAACCACAUCUAGGUGGCUGCUGCUUUCAACCCCGGCUGUAAAGGUAACAUCUUUCUAUAGAUGUGGUGGAAUACAAGAAAAUGUAACAUUAAGAAGUGGAAGCAGGUUGAGAACUUUUAAGUCAUAGAUUUUAUUCCAGAACAAAAAGAUGCUGGCUCAUGUGAAAGCAUUGGGAAUUGUAACAGAUCCAUUCAUGUCAUCUGGUUCUCCAUUUCAAAUGCAGAUUGAUCAGCAGCAGAUCCCAUAAUAAAUUCUGUCAUCAAGAUCUCCCUCACUUUCAUGACCACCAAGACCACAGCUUUCCAUUUUUAGAGAAGACAUCUAAAAAAAUUUAAAUAAAGCAGUUGGAUCUGAUUUUUCCUUUCCUAGA